AGGGGGGGCGGACAGGCAUCUCUACGGCGAGGCAAAAGAGGGGAAAUUAUUUCCACGGACAGCCUGUGACAGAUGGACUGAGGUUCAGUGCCAAGAGAGAGAGAUAAAACAGUAAAGUGACGGGAGUGCGUUUUUUUUGUGAGUAGCGAAAAAGGGAAAAAAAAGGAGAGAGGAUGCUAUCGUUGAUUUUUUGGGUGAAGGAGUGAUGGCGUGCGGAAUGCACGGACCGACAGCGUGCUCGUCCUCUCUCUUGGACUGUCAGCGAGAUAGACAGAUAACUGAAGCGGAAUUGUGAGCCGAGUGGCCGUCCUUCAGAAGGCAAAACCCCCGUGGCAUGCCUCACGUCAACAUGAGGAGUCAGAGCCUGGCUUCUCGGCGGCUCUCCUGGGCGGUUUAUCAUCACCCUCGUAGCUCGACCGAAGGCCCCAAACAUGCCCAUCUGCCAGCUCAGAUAACCCCUGGGCUGCUUUCAACACAUGUUUGACUUGAUUGGAUGUGAAUGCAGUGCGGCUUUCCGGAGCGGACUCUACACACACGAUGCAGUGGAGAAGGCGACACUGCAGUCUGAUCAAGAUGACCUGGAACGUCAAACGCUCGCUGUUCCGGACUCACGUGACCGGGCUCCUCUCCCUGGUCUCCAUAUUUGGCCUGUUUCUCUACUUCAGCUCCAGGCUGCACUGCUGGGCGGGUUUUCGGGAGAACCCCCUGGCGUACACUGUCCGAGGUCCGCGACCUGCGAAGCCCGACGCAAACGGCAACCAAAGCUCACUCAGAGGCCUCUGGAAAGAGGCGGUUUACGUCCCUCCCAAACCGCCGGUCAACUUGAGCUCCCAUCAGGCCGAGCCGUCGGUCGCCGUGGUAACGGAGAUGGAGAACCCCCCGAGCGCCAAUCACAGCUUGCACAGGGAGAUGGGCGUUGGCGGGCAGCUCGCUCCGCAGCCGUACCGCUACCUCCUUAACGAGCCCGACAAAUGUCGGGACAGCAGCCCCUUCCUGGUAUUCCUGAUUCUCGUGGAACCGGGUCAGGCGGAGGCCAGGAAAGCCAUCCGGCAGACGUGGGGGAACGAGAGCGUGGCGAUGGGGCUGGGCUUCGUCCGUCUUUUCCUCCUGGGCAUGGAGAAGAGCCAGGACAGCCAUCCCCAAAAAUCCAUCGAGGAGGAGAGCCGUCAGCACCACGACAUCAUUCAGCAGGAGUACUUGGACACGUACUACAACCUGACCAUCAAAACGUUGAUGGGCAUGAACUGGGUGGCGGAGCACUGCCCGCACGCCCGCUACGUUAUGAAAACGGACAGCGACAUGUUCGUCAACACCGAGUAUCUCAUUCAGAAGCUGCUCAAGCCGCACCUUCCGCCCCGGAAAAACUAUUUCACCGGCUACCUAAUGAGAGGCUACGCGCCCAACCGGAACAAGGACAGCAAGUGGUACAUGCCUCCAGAGCUCUACUCCAGCGAGAGGUACCCCGUCUUCUGCUCCGGGACGGGCUACGUGUUCUCGGGAGACAUGGCCAAAAAGAUCUACGAGGCCUCCCUGAGUAUACGUCGGCUGCACCUGGAGGACGUGUACAUCGGCAUCUGCCUCGCCAAACUGAGGAUUGACCCGGUUCCGCCGCCCAACGAGUUCCUCUUCAACCACUGGCGAGUGUCCUAUUCCAGCUGCAAGUACAGCCACCUCAUCACCUCCCAUCAGUUCGAACCAAAUGAACUCAUCAAAUACUGGAACCAUUUACAGAGCAACAAACACAACGCUUGCGUCAACACGGCCAAGGAGAAGAACGGAAAGUACCGGCACAGGAGGCUACACUGGGAGGGGCCACGGUGA